AGGACUCUAGCACAGGGGGAGGGGAAGUGCGGCUGGGGAUUGUGGCUGGGGGUGUGGUUGCCCAGUGGGGUGUGGGUGCCCCUGGUUCAGAAACUCCAGUGGGCACUGGACCUCCCUAGUCCAACACUGGUUGUAAAUGAACCUUGUAGUGUUUCCUGUGCAUUAGCUUUAAAAUGAGCACUGAUCAAUCAAAACUGAUGGCACUAUUAUUCAUCAUUUGAAAUAAAGAUAACAGGCAUGGAAAGAGCAGAAUAAAGGCAAAACUUCUGCCUCUUCAUGUUUGCUGUGCAUCUAUAAAUUCUUUGCUACAUAUGAAAACAAGAAUGGAAAGCAGCAGAGCAAUUGAGCACCGCACCCUGGUAAUAACAACCGGCCACUAGGUGCUCCAAAGAACCUGGGAAACCGAAACUACUUGUCUGCUGUUUAUCUAACUGUCACGUCUGAAGAAUGGAAUGUGAAACUUAACCAGAUAAUGCCUGGCCAUAUUUACUGUUCAUGGGCUGGUCCUAAGGGUAUAUAAACCCCACUCACAGCACUGCAAAGCAUAAACAAGAGAGAAGACAUCACUGCAUUGAUAUAUCAGUACCUCUGUGCAAGAUGCUGUGCCUCCUUACUCUAACAAUGAUGGAAAUGUUCUCUGCUGUUUGGGGGAAUUUCAGGAUCCUCUUACAAAGCAUAACUAUAUUCUUUCUCUGGUGUUGGCUGGAAAUCCUCAGAAAGUCAAAGACGCCAACCCAGAGCGUAAAACCGGAGGCUGGAGAUGGCACCAAGGUGACUCCGACCAGCGUGAAUUAUCACUUCACCAGGCAGUGCAAUUACAAAUGUGGCUUCUGCUUUCACACGGCAAAGACAUCGUUUGUGUUGCCUAUAGAAGAAGCCAAGAGAGGACUUACUAUGCUCAGAUCAGCAGGUAUGGAAAAGAUCAAUUUCUCCGGCGGGGAGCCUUUCGUACAACAGAGAGGUCAUUAUGUUGGAAAACUGGUCCAGUUCUGCAAAGAGGAGCUGAAACUGCCUAGUGUCAGUAUUGUGAGCAAUGGGAGUCUGAUUACAGAGAAGUGGUUCAGACUGUAUGGCGAAUAUCUGGACAUCCUUGCUGUGUCCUGCGACAGCUUCAACGAGGAUGUGAACAAGUUAAUUGGACGAGGACAAGGAAAGAAAAACCAUGUGGAAAAUUUGCUUAAAAUAAGACAGUGGUGCCGGGAUUAUAACGUUGCCUUUAAAAUUAACUCCGUCAUUAACCGCUACAAUGUCGACGAGGACAUGAGCGAAGAAAUCUCUCGGAUUAAUCCGGUGCGCUGGAAGGUAUUCCAGUGCCUUAUUAUUGAAGGAGAAAAUACCGGGGAAGAGGCUCUGAGGCAGGCCGAGACGUUCGUCAUCAGCAACAAGGAAUUCAAAAGUUUUUUGGAUCGACACAGAAACAUCAGAUGUUUGGUACCUGAAUCAAAUGAGCAGAUGCGGGAUUCUUAUCUCAUCUUGGAUGAAUAUAUGCGUUUUUUGGACUGUAGAAAUGGGCGAAAGGAUCCGUCUAAAUCUGUCCUUGAUGUUGGCGUUGAAAAUGCUAUAAAAUUCAGUGGGUUUGACGAGAAGAUGUUUUUCAAAAGGGGAGGAAAAUACAUUUGGAGCAAAGCGGAUUUAAGGCUGGAGUGGUGAAGCUGUUGCUUUCUCAGUGAAUGGACAAUGCACUACUGUAACGUGUUUGUGUAUAAAAGCAAUGCGUACGUUACGUUAUUUGCCAUGAUUACAAUAAGAUGUAUAUUUUGUUUAAUAUAUGAUAUUUAUACCAGUAUUAAUUAACAUGUACAGUCAUUCGGUUACUCAAUGCUCAUCCCAAACCCAGUUUGAUUAAAGUAGAACCCCAAUGGCGGAAUUACCGGGGGAGCAGGGGGUGCAAUUAGGCCAGGGCCCGCACCCCUCAGGGCCCCCCAGCAGCUCACGCCCCGCCAAUUUCCGGGAAGAUAAUUGCGUACGGAGGGGGCGGGGGCCCAGCUGCACGUUUCUCACUAGGGCCCGCCCCCCUCUAGUUACGUUACUGUAGAACCCCCCACUUUCCCAAGUGUCUGCUUCAAAAAGGCAUAAAUUCCAGGAAAAUGUUAAAUUUGGGAAAGAAAAAUGCAGCUUGCCUGAAUGGGACCAUGACAAAUCUGCAUCAAUUCUGGGGAUGUAAAAUCGGGGUUCUACUGUAUGUCAUCAACACUGAUUGCUGCUGCUAAUUAACAGCUUGCAAACAUUAAUAAUGGAGAUUGUCUUGUCAGCUCCUUCUAGACCAUUGCACUUAUGUAGACAUCAUACCAGCAACCUAAAUAGGGCACAUCAAAAAAUUAUACACACCCCAGAUGGGCUGAUUACAUGAGAAUUGACAGGCUACAUUCCCCCCCCCCCCGGUCCUGAAAUGCAUAUGAUUCCAAUAAUUAUCCCAAUUAUCCCAAGCACCACUAUGUAGCCAUAAUGGCAAGACCAGCAUUGAUGAUUUGCUUUCCAUAAUUUUGAUCACCAUAACUUCAACUAAAAUAUCAUAUUGUUUUGCCUCCAAUAAGGAUUAAUU